CACUCAUUCAGAUGGAUAGUGGCGGGCAAAGCUGACCACGAGUCAGUGGCUAGGGUUUACAUCCACCCGGACAGCCCUGCAACUGGCGAGCACUGGAUGUCCAAGUUCGUCUCCUUCCAUAAACUCAAACUGACCAAUAACGUCGCUAGCAAACAUGGUCACGUGAGUUAUGAUACGGUCUUGAACUCCAUGCACAAGUACCAGCCCCGCAUCCACAUCGUGAGGGCAGACGACUUCCGGCACCUUCCAUUCACUCAAUCUUUCCACAAGACCAUCAUCUUUCCAGAGACGCAGUUCAUAGCUGUCACUGCCUAUCAAAAUGAAAAGGUGACGCAGUUGAAGAUUGACAACAACCCCUUCGCCAAGGGGUUCAGAGAGGGUGGAGCCGGCAAAGCUGAAAAAAAGUUAUUAUUAUUAUUAUUUUUACUAGUAGUAGUAGUAGUAGUAGAUGUAGUAGUAGUAGUUGUAUCCAUCACCAUCAUUAUAAGUUAUAUAUAUUAUGUUUGA